AUGGCCGACGAACAACCCCCCACCCCCGCCGAGCUCGCCCGCCGCGACGAGGAAGAAUCCGCCCGCAAAGCCCGCGAAGCUGCCGAACAAGCCCAGCUGCCUUACAAAUGGACCCAAACGAUCCGCGACGUGGAGGUGACGAUCCCCGUAGCAUCGAACAUCCGCGGUCGGGAUUUGGAUGUUGUUCUCACGAAGACGAAAAUCCGCGUUGCGAUUAAGGGACAGGAGGCUUUUAUUGACGGCGAAUUCCCCCACCCCGUCAUCCCCGACGAAUGCUCCUGGACCCUCGAAUCGACAUCCCAGCCUCCCGGCAAGGAAAUCUCGAUCCACCUGGACAAGGUGAACAAGGUGGAGUGGUGGGCGCAUGUUGUGACGAGUGCGCCGAAGAUCGACGUUACGAAGAUUACGCCGGAGAAUUCGUCGUUGAGUGAGUUGGAUGGCGAGACGAGGGCGAUGGUCGAGAAGAUGAUGUAUGAUCAGAGGCAGAAGGAGAUGGGUGGGUUGACGAGUGAUGAGCAGAAGAAGAGGGAUAUUUUGAAGAAGUUUCAGGAGGAACAUCCUGAGAUGGAUUUCUCCAAUGCGCAGAUCGGUUAG